GUGGCAAGGCAUGGACUCGCGCUCGCCGCCGUCGUCGCGCGACAUCCGGUGUUUCUUUAUUGUUGAUCGUCAAGUCGCGAGCACUUGUACAGUGCCGCUCGCGUGAAGUUGCCCUCGUCGAAGAGUAGCUAUGCCGUCGCUCGCGCGAACAGCAUAGGACGUAGGGAAAAAUCACUUCUUCCACGUUUUUUCUUCGUUUUUCCUUUCUUUUUUUUUUUUUUUUGGUUUUUGUUCCUUGAUGGAAAUCCCGAUGGAAAUCUCAAUGGAAAUCUUCCUAACGGCGUUCUCUGUGGUAUUCAGUUUAUUAAUAGUGUUCCUCCUUGUUGUGAUAGGUUGGUACUUAGUCUGGACGUUCUUCCUAUCACGGUUCCGGUUUGUGAGAGAGUUAACUGGGAAUGGAAUGAGUGAAUCGUCGUCGGUUAACGAUUUGAGGAAUGGUCGUGCACGCAUGAAGAAACUUCGUCGAGACUAAAUAUUGGACAAUAUAUAUUAAAG